AUGGAUGCUGAUAAGACUAGUGCAUAUAAUAUUCAAGCAAGAUUGUUCUCAAACCCUCAUCUUCCACCAGGAAGCCUAGGAUGGUCUCUAAUAGUUGAAAUCUUAGACUACCUAGGUACCUGUUUCGCAGGAGAACCUGGUAGGUUUCUAAGAGAUAGGAUGGAGAAGCAUAAUCCCCACUUCAUUUCUAGGAAAGUCAGUGGUUUUGUUUUGUGGACCAGCUGGGAACAAGUUCUUGUUCAGCAAUGA